UACAAGGAAAGAGGCGUUCUAGGAAGCUGCACGUUAGACGAAUUUGCCACCAGUGGCGACUCCUGUACGUCCCAAUUCUGGUUUAGUAACUCGUACUCCAGCCGCUCCUAAUGCGCCACUUUAAUUUCCAGCCGAGAUGUACUUAAGGUAUGUAGGACGUUUUCUGAGCAGAUUCGUUUCCUAUUUACAUGUCUAUUUCUAAAUACAGCUUGUCAUCCGUAGGCAAUAACACAUGUUUAAUUAGAUUCCCGUCUCAUUUCCUCCAUUAGGACAAUGUAGUGUCCAGCCUAGAUGGUUCUUCAAGCGAAGAUGACCCUUCUCUUAUAGGUUACCCCUUGACAUUCCUCAAAAGGCCUCGUUAAUUGAUUGCUGGCGCUCCAAGCUCGUAGCAUGGAUUUAGGUCGUGCUCUGAUCCUACUCACCUGGUCGCUACUCCUAGUUGUACACAGCCAUUCCUCGGUAGUAGGAUUGGUGCGUAUGGCUGGAGUUAGGAAUCUCCCCAUCGCUUGUGGUGAACCGGGUUGCAUUGAGAGGUUCUCCUGUCCUAACGAGAGACUGCUGCACCGCCGACAGAAAAUACAUACGUUUCCAGAGCAACCAGCAGGGCAACAAGCACCUAGCUUCCGCGAUCUAGAGGCUUUACAAGAGGUAAUAGAGCAGACAACAGCUGAUCGUCGCACCAAGCGUAGAGCUAGUAGUGUGCCUAAUGAAGGGGACUGUAUUCCCGAUGGACCAUGUCCUUCGGGAGAUUCACGCCCCAACAUGGACGCGAGUGGAUGCGGGGUGGCGCACGAGAAGAGCCUGAAGAAAACGUCCACAGAUAAGCGCUUUUUUGUAUUUUGCAAAAAAACAGCAGGAGGCAUGGGGUUAUCUCGGCCAGAAAUUGCAGAGCUGGUAGAUAUUAUGAAGAGCAGUCAGUUAGAUCCUUGCACUUUCGAAUCAAUGGCGGACGUUGACCGUUUUGAGGAGAAGGAAGCUGGUGGUGUGGUGAUGGAGAAAUUCAGGGAUAGCGAUCUAGCAUCUCCCUCAGAUCGGAAGCCGAUCAUGCUGCGAUGGCGUUCCUUGUGGUCUUGCGCCAAGAAUUUAUACAGCAAUCCGGCAAAUGCAGUAGACUUUAUUGCGCACCCUCAACCAUUAGUUGCAGAAGCGGAUAGGGUGUACCGAGAUCCUGAUAGUGGUACCUGGUGGUGGUUUGCACAGCAAGAUCUGCCGGAGGGUGCAUCUAUUGUAGCUCUAAUUGUGUACUCUGAUGAAACCAACCUCUCGAAAGAUGGAUCAGUUACCGGUUGGCCAGUGUAUGUGUCGCUGGCCAACAUUUCAUCUGGAAAUCGCUGGAAACCACAUGGAAGGCGCCUUGUAGCUCUGCUACCGAAGGUGACUGAAGACAUGCUUGCCCCUGGUAGCUGCAUCGUCCGAAGACGCAUGGAGAUCUUUCAACAGGCUCUGGACAUGAUUAUGGGAGACUGCAUGGCAGCUGCAGACAAGGGAGAACCAGUGCUUGACCCAUACGGCAUUCGACGCAUGGCAUAUCCAUUGUUGUAUGCAUAUGUUGGAGACUACCCGGAACAGUGCAAGGUUGCAGGAACCAAGUCUGGACACUCAACCAAUUUUCCCUGCCCUCGCUGCAUGGUGCACCGGAAGCAGCUGGCAAAGACAGAAAUGCGGGCACAGCGAACGGUGGCAGCACAGAAGCACACAUGGAUGGAAAUGGGGUGCCUUCGUCAACCUACUGAUCUCCUGAGGCUCGAAACAGCCAACAGUCAACACCAUGUGCAGGCCUUGGAGAGUGGAACGCCAACUGUCACAGGUCGGAAUGGUCAGAUCAACAUGGACCAGCCAACUGGCAACCAUUGGCAGCAACUGUGUGCCACUGCUCCUGGGGACAUGGACCGUUUACAACCAACCAUUCGAGGAACGCUGUUGGCUGGAGAAACAUGCGAUGCCACCAUUCACCUGCACACCGGUGUAGGUAUCCCAGGAGGUGAGAACUACGAUUUGUACAGCAGGCAUGCUCAGUAUGCCAGAGCCACACCUUCUUUCUACGGGAAGCCUUGGUACUCAGAUGUAUCUAGAAAGGAGGCAGUGGCAGGACGGGUCCAUCGCGUGCGUUUUGGCAAACUGCUGCUCAUGUUCACCCUUACAAAAACCACCAUGCUGACGGAGAAUGGGGUUCGGGUCAAGGAGAUUAUGCAAGACCAGAUGGGCUUCAUCAGGAACUAUGAGAGCACAGGUCCUACCGAAGAUUAUGACUUGGAGAGGUUGGUUUGGAGCGCAGGGGUAGACGAGUACUCUAUUUUUCCCAUAUCCCACAUCCUGCGCACACUGCACGUGGUCCCUACAUCUCCAGACCCCAAAUCAUCUAGCGCCACCUUUAUAUUGAACACGUUUAGGCGAUAAGCACAUACCUAGUUUGCAAUGAAAUUGCUUGGUCAGCGUAGCGAUUUACGACAUAUCUCCCAUGUUCUGGUGGGCUUAAUAUUCACACCAAUGGAGGCAGGUUUACUUGUGCAACCCACGAAGCAAUUUGCAAUUUCAACAUAGAUGAUAUUGAUA